GGCAGGUGGAGCGGGAGCCCGGGCGGCACCGCGUCGCCAUUACACAAUAGCGCGGGCGGGCGGCGGGCGGCGGGCGGCGGGCGGCGCAGGAGGCGGGACGCGGGGCCCCGGAGCUGCCGAUCGGGGACAAAGCGCGGCCGCCCGGCGCCCCCGAGCCGCCCGAGCCGGGGCGCAGCCCGCGCCCCCCGCGACUGACAUGAUGUUUCCGCAAAGCCGGCACUCGGGCUCCUCCCACCUCCCCCAGCAGCUCAAGUUCACCACCUCCGACUCCUGCGACCGCAUCAAAGACGAGUUCCAGCUGCUGCAAGCUCAGUACCACAGCCUCAAGCUGGAGUGCGACAAGCUGGCCAGCGAGAAGUCAGAGAUGCAGCGGCAUUACGUCAUGUACUACGAGAUGUCCUAUGGGCUGAACAUCGAGAUGCACAAACAGGCUGAAAUCGUGAAGAGGCUGAAUGGGAUCUGUGCCCAGGUCCUGCCCUAUUUAUCACAGGAGCAUCAGCAGCAGGUUCUGGGAGCCAUCGAGAGAGCCAAGCAGGUCACGGCUCCCGAGCUGAACUCCAUCAUCCGACAGCAGCUCCAGGCUCACCAGCUGUCCCAGCUGCAGGCGCUGGCCCUGCCCCUGACGCCGCUGCCCGUGGGGCUCCAGCCGCCAUCCCUCCCGGCAGUCAGCGCGGGCACCGGCCUCCUGUCGCUCUCCGCGUUGGGCUCUCAGACCCACCUCUCUAAGGAGGACAAGAACGGACAUGAUGGGGACACCCACCAGGAGGAUGACGGCGAGAAGUCGGAUUAGCUCCUGGGGAGGGGGGAGGGGAGGGGGGAGGGGAGACAGGCACAGAGAGGACUCAGUGUUCCGAGGGCCACACAGCACACCGCUCGGUCACUACCCAAGCUUCCACCCCCCCAGUCCUCGUUCCAGCCUUCUUGCUGUGCACUGUGGGCCUAGGGGACCCCAGAGGGACACCCCAGGCGACAUACAGGGAGCAGUAAGAAACCCCCACCUGCAACAUUUCCCCGGGCCACGGCCACCAAUCUUGGCCCAGAAUGUACACGACGCAACGCUAGCUGUCCCUCUCCACCCUGUGCACCCCGAGUCCCCGUCCCCUUCUCUGUUUCCCACACUGCACACCUGCUAGGUCCAGACCUCCCCCGACCCCCAGCUCACCCAGCUCGGCUCCCUUGCCCACAAAAGAAAGGGACAGAGAGGAAGCUGUGCGAAGGCUGGGGACUGCAGUGGGUGUGGGCACCCACAGACUUCCCUUCUCCCCUGUCCCAAAUAAACGUGAGGGUUCUGAAGUCGGUUUGUUUAUUAUUCCGUUUUUGCCCUGUAUUCUUGUCUUCUAAGAAAGGGGAUUUAAAGAAAGAAAAAAGAGAAAGCUCAAAAGUGCCCCACGCGUGUCUGUGUAUAUAGUUAGCUUUGGUGAGUCGUCUUGGUCUCCCCGAGAGACGGGAGAUUGCUGUACUGAGGGUGGGGUCUAGCUGUGCCUUUAAAAUAAAAACGUGAAAAGGUUG